AUGACGACGUCACCAAACCGGAGGCUCAUCGGCCUCUCAACCAAGAUGUACUUCCCGCUCCAACGCACGCUGGACUUCAUCGCCGCCGUCCAAGCCGAGCUGAAGUCCCUCCCUCCUCAUACCCUCGACAACGUCGACAUCUUCUUCAUCCCCGACUUCAUUUCCAUUCACCCCGUCAGCGAAGCUCUCAAGUCCUCGCCCGUCCCAAUCCGCCUCGGGGCGCAAGACUGCCACUGGGAUGAUUUCGGCGCCUUUACCGGGGAAGUCAGCCCGGCUGUUCUAAGCGAGACGGGAGUCACCAUCGUCGAGGUCGGCCACGCCGAGAGGAGAAGGCUAUUUGGCGAGACCGAUGAAGUCGUGGCGAAGAAGGCCGCGGCCGCGAGUCGGAAUGGCAUGGCUCCGCUGAUCUGCAUCGGUGAAAAGACGGAGGGCGAUUUGGAGGUCGCAUUGGGCGAGUGCAAGACUCAGAUCGAUCAGUCCCUGGCCGAUGUCCCCGAUUCCGCGGAGGUCAUCAUUGCGUAUGAGCCGGUUUGGGCCAUCGGUGCAAGCCAGCCGGCCAGCGAGGACCACGUUGUCGAAGUGGUAAAGGGGAUCAGGUCAUUCGAGAGCGUCAAGAAGAGGACAGGAACGACGAGGGUGAUUUACGGCGGCAGUGCUGGGCCUGGUCUGUUUGAGAGACUGGGAGAGGCUGUGGAUGGGCUGUUUCUUGGGAGGUUCGGGCAUGAUGUGCCGCGAUUUCUCAAGACGGUGUCAGAAGUGACUGCAUUUCAAAAAUCUUGA